UUACUUCACUGUUUUCUAUUUUUACAGUAGCACCGUACGUAUCACGUGAUCUCGGACAGAAAAUUGGUAUUUUUGGGGGUAGAGAAUGACAACAAAAAUAACACAUUUGCAACAAAAAUACAACAAAGAAAAUAAAUAAAGGCACCUGAAGAAGGAAUAAUGUUGCUAGGCAAGAAAGGAUUGUCAAAGCGAGAGCAAGAAGAAUUGCGGCGGAAGCAAGACCAGGUGGCGGCAGCGGCAGUGUAUGAAGAGUUUGUGGCAUCAUUUCAAGAAAGUAGUAAACAGGGGAAAACAUGGGUGAAAGGAGAAACAGUGAACUCGGACAAGCCAGGGAGAGCAGACAAGGGUCGUCUAUACAAACCUACCUCAAAACUUGCAGAAAUAGCCUCUACAUUUCAGUCAACAAAAUCAGUUAAGGAAGAAGAAAGACCAGAUAAGCCCGGGAAAGCUGCAUUGAAGAAGAAGGCAGAUGACAAGAAAAAGAGUAAUCUAGAAAUGUUUAAAGAAGAACUGAAAAGAAUUCAAGAAGAAAGAGAAGAAAGGCACAGACUGAAACGUGUAAUCCGAGGUCAAGGUGAUCCAGGGGGUGGCAUUGCUCAGUUCCCAGAAGAAGAAAGAAAAACACGGUUUGAGCCUGAAAUAGAUCUCAUGCCAGCCUCACAGGGACUUGGCAUGUAUGAUCUUACCACAGAUGAAACAUCUACCAAUAUUUAUAUAUCCAGUAUUAACCCAAAGAUGACUGAAAAACAAUUAAUGGAAUUAUUUGGGCGAUUUGGUCCUCUAGCUAGUGUAAAAAUAAUGUGGCCUCGAACAGAUGAGGAGAAAUCACGGGGAAGAAAUUGUGGCUUUGUUGCUUUUAUGAACAGAAAGGAUGGAGAAAGGGCUUUGAAGCAUCUAAAGGGCAGAGAAAUAGGUGGUUUUGAAAUGAAGUUAGGUUGGGGCAAGCCGGUACCAAUUCCGCCACAUCCAAUAUACAUCCCACCAGCUUUAGCCGAGCUUACGCAGCCACCUCCACCUUCUGGUCUUCCAUUUAACGCCCAGCCGAAGAUGAGUCGCCGAGAUGGACGAGGGUAUAACGAUAUGCCGAUGCCUAAGAACAGAGCGGAAAUGGAAAAGACCUUAACGAAAGCCGUCGUGAAAGUGGUUAUUCCUACAGAAAGGAACCUGUUGUGCGUGAUUCACCGAAUGGUUGAGUUUGUUGUUAGAGAAGGACCUAUGUUUGAGGCUAUGAUAAUGAAUAGGGAAAUAAAUAAUCCAUUGUUCAAGUUCCUGUUUGACAACCAGAGUCCAGCUCAUGUUUACUACAGAUGGAAACUCUUUUCUAUACUUAAUGGUGAUCAACCAUAUAAAUGGAGGCUGGAAGAAUUCCGAAUGUUCAGAGGAGGUUCUUACUGGAAACCACCGCCUAUGAACCCAUAUACGCAGGGGAUGCCCGAGGAACUGGUCGAUCCAGGUGACCUCGAUAUUAUCCCAGAGGUCAAAGAGAAAGAAGAAAUUGAUCAGCCGCAGAUAAAGAAAGGAAAAUUAACAGAUAGUCAGAGGGAUAGACUAGAGGAUAUGCUGAGGGAUCUUACCCCAGAGCGACAGAAGGUUGGUGAUGCUAUGGUCUGGUGUCUUGAUCAUGCAGAUUCUGCCGAGGAGGUUGUGGAAUGUAUCACUGAAUCAUUGUCUAUUUUACAAACACCAAUACCUAAAAAGAUUGCAAGACUAUUUUUGGUCUCUGAUAUUUUAUUCAACAGUAGUGCCAAAGUUCCGAACGCAUCCUUUUUCCGAAAGCAGUUUCAGAGAAAAUUACCGGAAAUCUUUCAAGAUGUGCAUGAAACAUAUGAAAAUAUUGAUGGACGAUUAAAAGCAGAGCAAUUUAAGCAAAAGGUGAUGCUGUGUUUUAGAGCUUGGGAGGAUUGGGCCAUAUAUCCAAAUGAAUACCUGAUAAACUUACAAAAUAUUUUCCUGGGCCUAGUUCCUAAAGAGUCUGUAGACACAAAAGAAACACCUGUGAAAUCUUCUAGAUCGAAACAUACAAAAACAAGCGUUCCUAAUCAAAUGAAUGAUUUGUAUAGGUCCUACCUUGAAAUGUUAAGUGUGACAUCUCCAAAGACUGAAGUAAAGCCUGACCUUGACGGUAUUCCUCUGGCUGACCCAGAUGUGGAUGGGCUGCCAUUUGAAGAACCUGUUGCAGCAAAAAGGGGUAGAGAUGAUGAUUUUGACGGAGCUCCUUUACAAGAGGAUUUGGAUGGGGCACCAUUAGGUGAAGCAACAGUCUCAGAUUUAGAUGGUAUGCCUCUUGAACCCAGUAAGCCAGAACCCAAUCUGGCCAAAUUUACAAAGUCAAAGUGGGAAACAGUUGAUGAAACAGAACUAGAAGCUCAAGCAAUGACAACAUCAAAAUGGGACUUGUUGGGAGAAGAAGAUAGUAAACAGGAAGUAGAAGAAGAUCUGGAUGGACAGCCAAUAGAGGAGGAAAAUCUUGAUGGACAGGAAAUGUCAGAUGAUGACUACCAGGAUGAUAAAUCCCAGGAUUCGUAUGGAACGCCACGGCAACAUCAUCAGCCUGAGAUGACGGAGGAGAGACGUAGAAAAUUACGUGAAAUUGAGGUAAAAGUUAUGAAAUACCAAGAUGAACUUGAAGCUGGAAAGAGAAGUCGUAAACCUGGAAUGUCAAUGUCACAACAAAUUGAACAUCACAGGAAAAAGUUACUUGCUAAGGAGUACAAUGAUUCUCCUAGCAGAGACGCUCGAAAACGUCACAGAUCAAACUCACCUCGGUAUGAAGAAAAACAUCAUUAUGAUGACAGUCCAAAAAGAAAAAGAGCAAAAAGUCCUAAAAGGUCACGAAGGUCAAGGUCGAGGUCACGAUCUCAACACAGAAGGUCAAGGUCAAGGAGUUCAGGCAGACAACGACGAAAAUCGAAGAAAAACAAACAUAGAGACUAAUUCUGAAUUGUUCUUGGCAUAUUGUUUUUCAUCGAACAUUGUGUAUAUACUUUCCAUAAGUCAUUUGCUAAUUUGUACAUUUCUUGAUAUACCAUGUGCUGAAUUUCACUUUAACUCUAGAUUAAAAUGUGAUUUUAUUACAGCUGCUUCAAAACUUAAACAGUGCUCUUCAACUUCAUUACCAGUAUGGUUAAAAUUAGCACAAGACUAAUUUUGUUUUAAAAGAUUGACUACAAGAACAAAUUUUUAAGCUGCUGUUGACUAUAAAUAAAGACUGGCAACAGUGCAGAUGUAUCUUUUCUAAACUUGAAUACCAUAUGAUAUAUUGAAAAAAAUUACACAAAACUGAAAGCUGUACUUAGAAAUAAACAAGUUUUAUCCCUGUGUGAACAUAUAAGUCAUGCGAGUGUUGUGAAAGGAACAAAAUUCUGUCUCUAAAAUGUAUGAAAUCAGAGGUGUAUUAUAUUCUCAUGCAUUUUAUUGCAUGUUUGUUGAAUUUCAGAACUUUCUGUAUGCUUGAAGAUCUUAACAGUAAAUUAAAACAUAGAAAUGAA